CUUCCCGUUCUUUGUGUCGAGGUGCGGAUAUUGUUCAUUUGCCCAAUCAAAUUGCAGCUUGUAAGAGCUGCUUACUGACCCGAAGGCCUUGAUCAUGAGAGCAAAUCUAUAACAUGCUUUCACAAAUCAUGUAUGCAAUUAUGCAGUAGAGCACAGGACUCUAUAAAAAAUAAACAUACACAAAUCACAGGAUAAAUUUUCAAAGAGUAAUGAUUCACUGAAACAAAUUUUGUCAUGGAUUCACCCAAAAAGCACUCUGCUAAAACCACAGGGAGCCCACUCAACUCAGUGCAUUGUCUAAAUUUUGAGUCGGGUUUUUGCAAAACCUGAUCGACGCAGGGGUAUAAAAUAAGUGUUUCAGACUUGGAUGGACAAUAGUAAGACAUAUGUAUUUGGAAGGAGUUUUAUUGGAGACUCGUGACCUAAUUGAUCUUCACAAACGAAGUUCAAGGCACACGCUAAAUAAGCAAUGCGCUGAGUCGAGUGUGCUCCCUGUGAUCGAAGGAUUGCGGAAAUGGGUUGCCUGUGCUUUUUAGAGUUCUAGUUGGGAAGCCUGUGGUAAUGGAAAAAUUCCUAAAAAAAGGAAAAUAUUAUCAAUUAUAGAAGUUAGACACCGCAUCAAUUUGUAAUUAAAGUUCGCAUUGGAAUCUACGUAAGUGAUAUGCAAAAUAUAUAUUGAAUAGUUACAAAGUGUGUUUACUCGCGGGCCUUAGGGACUGGGUACGAGAUAGAUGGUCGCCAUCUUGGAAUAUAAGUUUGGACCUAACGCAGGCACGUGCAGGGUAUCUCUGCGAACUUAUCGAUGGCGUUUGAGGUAGCAGGCAGGAUAUCUGUUCGGUUCAUACGCCUAUCAGUCGGUCUAGGAGUAGGCGGCUUGUUUCUUUAUGAGACCGCCGGUCACGCGUUCCCAGAGGCCAUUUGCAAACGAGCUCUUGGCCCAGGCGGGGACGAGGUACCUGCAAAAUGUAUCCAAAUCUACGAGGAAAUGGCGGCAAAAAUGCAUCUAGAGCACCCAGAGAGGGUAUCGUUUUUUGUGAACCGAGGAUUUAGUGGUUUUCAUGCUGGAGCGACGAAGUUACCUAAUGGGGCUGUGAUAGGUAUCCCUGGCUGGUAUCUAUUCGAGACAGCGGAAGAUGUUAUGAACUCCCCUAUUAAUUUCAAAGAAAGAACAAUUAAAUGGGAAUCAGAGAUGGGACAGCAGAUCAGAGACAGUCUCAUCCCAACCAAGGAAAACAUCGCGUUUACCAUAGGUCACGAGAUAGGCCAUUUGCAAAUGCCAGAGUAUAAAAUACUCCGUGCUAUUAUGAGUCCAGCGUGGCUAUACUUGACUUACAAAGUGGCAGUCUCUACCACUAGAUUUGCACCAGCCCUCUCAAUGCUUUUAGACAUCGCCCUCAAACUCUGCAUUUUGAGAUUGAGUUAUUUAGGGUAUAGGUACGUUAAGCGCGAAGUUAACCAUCAUGAGGAGUUUAACGCAGACAAGAUGUCAGCAUCCACAACAGUUGCGGCAGCCCAAGGGGGAGUCGAUUACAUAAGAAAGAGGUUGCAGUUGAAUAGUGUUCUUCGGGCGUUGCAUGGCUCAAGUGGAGAGUCUUAUUAUGAUCAGUAUGGGAAUGAAUUAAAAGCAAGGAGUCAUCCUAAGUUGACAGAAAGACUUCAUAGACUGGAAAGCAUUGUUAGCGAACAUAUGAAGCAACAGGGUAUCAUAAAAAGUGCUGGAUCUGAAGAGUCUAUUCAGAUCUAAAAGGAUGCAUAAAAAUAUAGCAUUUAAGUAAAAAUAUUUAUUUAUUUUUUAAUGCAAAGAUGCUCUUGUCUCCAUCUAGUUGACCUUGCAACAGACAGACAGCCACUACUGAGAGCUGGGAGCUAAAGCAUAGAAGUUAGGACUUCAGGUCUCAACAUUUUACUAACUUAACUGCUGGGUUCAAAUGGAAAUAAGAUAAGAGCCUCUUUUGAAAACUGGGUAAGUUAGGGGUGUUUUUUACAUGACAGCUUUUGAGGUUUUCUCAGGUAAAGUGUUAAGUGCAAAAUUAAAAUUUUACAAUUAUGAAUGAACUCAUAACCUAGUCUCAUCUUGAGUUUAUACCAAGUGCAAAUAAAAUUUUAAGUUAAAGUGCAAAAAUCUUAAGUGUUUAGAGCAAAAUUAAAAUUUUACAAUUAUGAAUGAACUCAUAACCUAGUUUCAUCUUGAGUAUAUUCCAAGUGCAAAUAAAAUUUUAAGUGCAAAAAUCUUAUGUGGCUGAAAUUAGGUAGACUAUAUAUAUAUAUAUUUCAUACAAGUCUAAUGAGAAUGGGUUGGUUACUUUGUAGAUGGUGCAUCCUUUUCCAUAAGCUCAAAAGCAUUGGUUUUUUACAUUGCCUUUUUUACAAUACACCAGUAGCAACAAAACCUGGUUCUGACUUGAAUAAUGAAUAUGUGACUAUGAAUCACAAUGUAAUACUAUGCUUAUGGAUUUUGUAGCAAAGAGGAGGUGGAUUUAAGGGAUAUUUUAUUGUAUUGUACUGUAUGAGAAAAUAAUUUUCUAAUGUAUUGCCAUCACUCUCCUGAA